GGAAAUCCACUCUCCUGGACGCGCUUGCUGGUCGGAUCACGGCCAAAAGUCUAGAGGGUAUCAUUAUGACCAAUGGAACACUCAUGGACAGCAAGCAGUUCCGCAAGCUUUCUGGGUACGUUAUGCAAGAUGAUAACCUGUUUCCGCACCUCACAGUGAAAGAGACGCUGAUGUUCAGCGCUCGUCUCCGACUUCCUGGUGAUAUGCCGAUGGACGUGAAAGCGGCGCGCGUAGACAUGCUUAUCGCGAUGUUGGGUCUUCGCGAAUGUGCGGACACACGGAUAGGCAACGAGCAUGUCCGAGGGGUAUCAGGGGGAGAGAGGAGGCGCGUCUCCAUCGGUGCGGAUCUGAUCCAUGACCCCGCCGUUCUGUUCCUGGACGAGCCGACGUCUGGACUGGACAGCACCUCCUCGCUGAACGUGGUCCAGAACUUGUACAGAUUGCGACCAAUCGACGGCGCACCAUCGUGAUGACCAUUCACCAGCCUAGCUUUCGCAUCCUGGAGCUUAUCCACAAGUUCAUGAUCUUGUCACGUGGCUCCUUGGUGUACAGCGGUACUUAUCCUGACCUGUCGACCUUUCUGACCGACUACGGCAGACGGGUUCCCGACCACGUCAAUGUGAUGGAGUUCGCUCUGGACGUGAUCGAGGAGCUGCAGGACUCGCCGCACGGUGUCGAUUCCCUUGCCGAGUUCCACUCUACCAGAUCCCAAUCCAAGCUGCGGCCUUCCUUGUCUGGAUUGAGCAAUAUCGGACAGCUGGCAGAGGCUGCAGACUUCGCCACGGGUCCAUUCACGGAGACGUCGACUCUCUGCCACCGCAACCUCAUAAACAUAGUUCGAACGCCGGAGUCGUUUUUGUCUGGGCUAGGCCUGAUGCUCGUCACGGGAAUGAUUCUGGGCUCGCUUUUCUACGGCGUGGGCAACGAUGAGCGGGGUACCUUCGACAGGAACUCCUUCUUUGCCUUCGCUUGCGCCCUCCCGCUGUUCAGCGCCAUUAACGGUGUGCCCAUUUUCUUAAUGGAAAGGAACAUCUUCAUGCGGGAGACGAGCCGAGGAUCUUAUCGCACCUCUUCCUACGUCGUUGCCAACGGUCUCGUUUUCCUCCCCUUCUUCUUCGUCCAGUCCGUCCUGUUUACCCUGACUUCCUACUUCUUGGUCGGUCUCGUUCAUGAUGCUUCCGCCGUUUGCCUUUUCACAGUCACCAUGUUCCUGACCAUCGCCCUUGGCAACACCUACGUGACAUUCUUGAGCAGUCUGGUGCCCGACUUCGUCGCUGGCAACACCAUCAUCACUGCCGUCACCGCCUUCAUGUUCCUCUUCUCUGGUUUCUUCAUUCCUACGGAUUAUAUUCCGGAUUACUGGGUCUGGUUCCAUUACAUCUCCGCGUUCAAGUACCCGAUAGAGUUGUGGCAGAAGAGCGAGUACAGUCACAUCGAGCACUGGCAAGGCCGGAUCUCCGGAAGCGCCGUCGCCGAGAAACUGGGUUUUGGGGAUGUCAGCGUGAAAACCAACCUUGGCGGGGCAGGCUAAUCUUCUCUGUAUCGUUCCAAUUUUAGCAGAUGUCCCGAAAGACUAUGCACGCAUUUUCUGCUUGCUCGUACUUUCUCCAAAACGCUAUUUUCGAUAGUUUGGGCCUCGCCACAGUGCGGCCACACCACUGUAGAAAACGUUUUUUUUUUUUGUUUUUUUUUUCCCAACAAACACCCCGAGCAGAUGCUAGGGGUGCUUACAUCUCCCCCUUCGUGAGUGCUUCCCAACUUUUUGGCGUUUUCGGGAUAGGUGUGGCGAGGCCCUUUCUCUUGGCCACACAAGGUAUCGAAAUUGGAGAUGGGGCAGAAAAUUCCCAAGUUGUCAGAGAAUCCUUCUCAAAAUUCACAAGUUGUCAGAGAAUCCUUCUCGACACCUCCUGUCGAAAGUCUUUGAAUCCCCAGCCUGCUACUCCUAUGCGCCAUUGACUUCUCUUCCAAAUUUGGUCAGUGGGCCUCAGGUCGGGAUGGACUAAUGUUUGUGGUACCCUCAGGGGCGUUUGUCUUUUUCCAUCUUGCAUUCACAAGUGCGUCCACUCUACAGUGCUGUGUGGCUAAAGGGGUCAAACUGUAGAAGGGAGGCUGGCAAAUUUAUUCUGACAACCGUCCAAUACCAAUACUGUGUACCACGCACCGGGCGGACGCGCAGCCCGGAGGGAGGGAGGACCAUGUUGCAGAAACAGAGGUGCAAAGGCAGCAAAGAGUUUGUCCUGGGCUUUCCGGGCGGUUAGCAGAUUUGGGUCUUGUUUGGCGACGGAAAAUUUCCUUUGCUUCGUAGCCGGCCAAGGGUAUUGCUUGAUUUCAGGAACAUUGGGCAGCUCACCCUCUGUUGGUGGGAGUAGGUAGAGUGUCUUCUUGUUUUGUAUUUGGUGCUUUUUGGUGUCGGGCAUAGUUUUUUUGGUAGUGGUGUUUUGUGGUCUGUGUCUGCUGCCAGCAGAUUUGAGUGGGCCUUGUGCUUAGAUAUGAGGAUUCCCCUCUUGUCAGGGCUGGCACGGGGGUUGAGGGAUGGGUGUGAAGACAGUGUAUACAAGGGUGGGACAACCCGGCUGUCGUUGCCAUUGGUUACUGUGUACCGUGCAGGGCGCGGGAGCGCAGCCAAUCGGGAGCGAGGAGCAGGACAGGCGAGGAGGCACUUUUCUCUUCUUUUUUUUUUUUUUUUUUUUUUUUU